AUGCAUCUCAACUCAUUGACGGCGCUGACGCUUGUUGCGCCAGCCUCCGCCCUUAUUCGGUUCGGCUGUUCGCAGCUCGUGGUCGAACGACUCGACCCCCUGGUGACCCCCGGCCUUAACCCAUCGCCCCAUCUCCAUCAAAUCAUUGGCGGUAAUGCAUUCAAUGUCACCAUGGACCCCGCGAGCGGUGACAUCGCUGAGAAAGCAACGUGCACAACCUGCCAGUUCAGCGAAGACUUAUCCAACUACUGGACUGCAGUGCUCUUCUUCCGAGCACGGAACGGCUCGUACCACCGCGUCCCACAGAUCCCCAACGUCGGCUUCGACGGCCAGCAGGGGGGCAUGACGGUCUACUACAUGCAGGAUGGGUUGGCCAACUAUCAGCAGACGUCUAAGGUGACAGCCUUCAAGACGGGCUUCCGGAUGCUCAUCGGUGAGGCGGCGUACCGGGCCAAGAAGGAUGCGAACCGGUUCCGGCAGAUUACGUACACGUGCCUCCAGGACAUCGGCACGCGCUUCCCCGAGACCAUGCAUCUUCCCAAGGAGCCGUGUCAGGCAGGCAUCAUGGCCAACGUGCGGUUCCCGACGUGCUGGGACGGCAAGAACCUCGACUCGCCCGAUCACAUGAGUCACAUGUCGUACCCGGAGACGGGCACUUUCGAGAACGGCGGGCCGUGCCCAACGUCGCACCCCGUGCGCGUGCCGCAGCUCAUGUACGAGACCAUCUGGGAUACGUCCAAGUUCAAUGACAAGGAGCUGUGGCCUGAGGAUAGGUCGCAGCCGUUUGUGUGGUCGAUGGACGACAGUACCGGCUACGGCUCGCACGGCGACUACAUGUUUGGGUGGAAGGGCGACUCGCUACAACGGGCCAUGGACUCGCCGUGUUACGUCAACUGCCCGACGCUCAAGACGCAAAGCAUCGACGCCAUGAACAAGUGCUCCGUGCCGACGGUGGUGGACGAGAACUUUGACGGCUGUGAGUAGUCGAAGAUUGACUCCGACAAGAUAGCUGGC